AGGCAGGCCGGCCCAAGCCCGCCCCCGCCCCCAUCGCUUCUCCCGUCCGACGCAGCGCGGCGGCCGCCCCCCCCGCCGGAGCCAUGGCCCGCUCGCGCUCCUCCGCGCUGGUCGCGGCGGCGGCCGCCGCCGCCCUGGCGUACUCCACGGCCUCCUCCCUCGCGGCCUUCGUGGCGGGCCCGCCCCGCCCCUGCGCGGCCGCGGGCGCGCUGGUGGCCCGGAGGGCCGAGGGCAAGAAGGACGGGGAGGAGGACGAGGGUUUCCUCAAGUUCCUGAAGGUGGAGCAGGACAUCGAGCUCUCGCCGGAGGAGUACGCCAUGGCCAUGGAGCAGGAGGUCGAGUCGCAGCGCAAGCGCUACUACAUCGGUGGAGUGGUGAAGGAGAACAACCUCAUCGUGCCGUGGAAACCAGUCGACGAGAAGCAGUUGAUCAAGGACGCUCGCAAGCAGCUCAAGAAGAACGGCAUCCUGGACCCCGCCGGCGAGGUCAACGAGGACGAGGAGGACAGCGAGAUCGAGCUCGGGCUGAUCGGCGCGGAGGACGUGAGCAUCGAGUGGACCGCGGGCGACCCGGGCACCAAGGUCGGCUACAUCAUUGAGAAGAAGAGGGCGAAGGACACGAACUUUCGCGAGAUCGCCACCUACGAGAGGGGCGACCAGUCCUUCCUGCUUGCCAAGCCGUACGGGGGCCACGAGUACUCCUACGCGGACGAGCUGUGCGAGCCGGGCUCCUGGACGUUCCGCGUGCUGUGCCGCUACCGGUCGGGCGAGAUCCAGGCCGCGCCUUUCCUCCCGCCCGCAGGUACGCUCUGGGGGCCCUCCUGCUCGUCGUGGUGGUCGUCGUCGUCGGCUCCUACUUUGCCGACGGGGACGUCAAGUACUGAGCGGGCGCCCGUCGCCCUGCCGGGGGCCGGGCGCGGGGCGCCCCCAACGCUCACGGGGCGCCCCGCGGGGCGCGGGGCGCCUCCCCGAUCGGGAGCCCACGCGCAUUCCAAUUCGGUCCGAUUUCCCGAGUCGAUGCCUGCUGAUCCUGCCCCGCAGGCUCUGCUUUCCCGCCCUCGCUCUGCGCCGCCAGCGCCCGGUUCUCACCCCGCGGCUGCGCGGCUGCUUGGCGGCCGCGGCAGCAUCCAGGCCAGCCUGCGAUCCUCGCAGGGUUUGCCUUUCCGACGCCUCGGUUCGUGGCCUUCCUCGCGCCGUGGUGCCUUGGACGUCUUCGUCCUUCCAAUCUUCAUGGGCUGAUUUAGGACAGCUCAUCAUUUUUUCGGCCAUUGGGCCGCCCGCGCGCGUGGGCGGCCCGACGUUUGUGAUCUCGGGCGAGGUGCUCCGAAAUGUGCGGAG